ACCAUGCAAGGGACAUGGAGGGAUCGAGGGCGUGGCAAUCGCGGUCGCUCUUACUACAGCCAAGGCAAUCUAUGGCUUGAAGCAGGCCCCGAGAUGCUGGUACAACAGGCUGGCCAGUGCACUGGAAGGGAUUGGAUUCCGUGCAAGUGCAUGCAACGAGAGCCUAUUCCUGAUGGGCGAGGGGGAGUCACUUGUGCUUCUGCUGGUGUACGUGGAUGACAUCUUGCUCUUCAGCAGCAGUGACAAGGAGAUCGAUGGGGAGGUGAAGCUUGGGACACUGGAUCCGAUCUACGUGAAAACUCAGCAACAACCAGCCGACUUCCUUACCAAGCGGCUAGCUGAAAAGCCACGCUGGCGCUGUGCGAGGAUGGCGGGAAUGUCCUUGAACUAGAGACGGCGAAAAAAGCUGACAGUCUGAG